CAAGGAUUCAUUUCUUCAAGCAUUUGCAUCAGUGAGCUCAGUCCGCAACGAUCCACAAUGCAUGUUUGUCAGUGUCAUUUCUGUGCAACAGCUUGUCCUUGAGCUAUUGAGUUUGCAGAUAUGCAGGUGUUUGCGAUGAUGGAGCUAGUGUUGCUUAUGACAAAUCUGAUGUUGGCAACGGGUCGCAGCUGCUUCAUUCCAGAGCUCUCUGGUGCAUCCUCGGAGACAUUCAAGGACGUGCACAGAGCUCAAUGUGAUGCGAUCGCUGAGCAUGUCUUCAUUGAGCAGAUGCUUGUUUCAUCAAGCUCAGCCAGCGCCCAAAAACGCAGCCCCUCUCAUGUGGGUGCUUGUGUAGACCGCGCUUGUGAGGCUGCUGAAAUUCCUGGAUUGAUACCCUAUCUUGAAGGUCAUUUCUCAAAAGGCUGCCGAGACGGGCAUCCAACGACCCGACAUGCUUGGCCAGCAGAAGAUGAGCUGAAAGUUGACGGGUACUUCGAGUGGAUGGAGCGACUUGACAAGGAGGCGGUCUCGUGGAUAGAGAUGAUUUCCUGGGAGUCCAUCUAUGAAUGCCCAGCCGCCAGCUGCGCAAUAUUGGCAACGCACAGCCUUCAUCACCAAGCCAGAGAUUCGAAGGAAGUGUUUCUGUCAAUUUUUGGCGUCAAAAAUUUUGACUUGGAGGAUUCCAAACUCUUUUUGCUUGAUGUGGCCCAGCGCAUGCAAUUUUGCUAUGAUGAGAUUCUGAGCAACGCCCACCAGCAGGAUUUGUUUGUCAAGCUGGGCCUCAUUGUUGCAGUGUUGGAGCUUGCAUUGGCCCGGUUGCGAUCAUGGGCACACGAGAUCCAGCCCAGAAAUCCUCACCACGAGGAAGGACGGCUUGUGUGGCAUGACCACUACAGCGGUUUGUACCCUCCAGUGAAUUACGCUGAGCAAUUUGAUUUGCAAUGGCGCUUGGCCCUUGAGCAACCAGGCAGUGAUUUUGGUCAAGAGUCCAGUGUCAGACUGGACAACUGCUCAAUGAACGAUAUGAUUGCGUCCACCUUCGGACGGCAAAACUUUCUUUAUUGCAAUGAGUCUGCUCGUGAAGUGCAUGAGAGCUUGGAGCGGGGCAUCUCGCAGCAAAAUAUUGUCACAUUGGAUAUCUCUCGCUUCAUGGGCGCAACUGCCCUUGAUGUGGGCUGCGGCUUCGGUCGGUGGACUGCCAUGCUGCAGCACAUUGGUGCCAAAGUCACUUCAGUUGAUGCGUCGCCACAUGCUGUCAUAUCCACGCGGCGCUUCAACCCAGACACUCACCAGAUGACGCUCUUUGAGCUUCCUACCCUGGAGAAUUUUGAGGCAGGCUUCGACACGGUGAUUUGCUGGGGUGUGCUUCACCACACCCAUGACCCAUACAAAGGUUUCAAGAUCGUGGCUUCUGCCCUUCGAGAAGGUGGUUUUCUAUUUAUACAGGUGUACAAUGACCGGGCGAAGGCAGGCUUUCACUACACGCAAUCUUUCCGGACACGCUUUCACCAGCUCAAAACCAUUGAUGAGAAGGUCCACUUCCUCAGGAAGACUCAUAGAGCCGCUGGUGCAGAUGUUUUUGACCACCUUGAUGGCAUGAUGACGUUCUACAACUGGGUGGUUCACGAGCAGACCGUCAGGACAUGGUUCCUGAACAAUGGUUUUGCGGACUAUUGGAAGGUGUGGAACUACAAAUACCUCGGGAGGAAACGGGCGGUGUUGGAUCCAGUACGUGACGACUUCGGCGUUCUGUUGACCGACAAUAUUGGUGAAUCUGUGGAAGAAGGCAGGAAUUACCCCAUUGUCGGCUAGUGCAGCACGAAGCUUCUUGCAGCAACUGAAGAAGCUUGUGCGGCAGUAAUUAUUGGACUUCGCAAGGAAACCACCUAUCUAUCAAUCAUUAGACAAUGAUGGAAAUAGGAUCAAUUGCCCAUGACUGCAAAAAGUGCAGAUUUGGAUCCAGAGCCAGAUCAAGUUGGUUUCCACCCAGCAAUUGUUGAGGAGCUGACAUUGUGCUCGUGUGUUGCUAUAUACUUAUGGAUUUACAUUGAAGUCAGGAAGCUGGUCAUGGCAAUAAUCAAUAAUCAUCAUCAUACCAGGCAAGGGAUGACCACAACAGACACAUAUUUCACACAAGGUCUUUUUGCAGAUGAACAUGUAACUUGUAACAUUAUACAAGGUUAGGAGCCCAAACCCACCAAGGAAGCCACGUAGCUACGACCACCUGGGGUCAAAGAAGACUCGGGGUGAAAGACGUUUGGUUUUAGGCCGAAAGUUAGCGAGCAUGAAACGCCAUAGAGAUUCAGAGCUGUGCCCAACAGAGAAGUCCAUGGCAUUGUGAGCUGGUGGACGCGCAUGGCAGUGGUUCACUGACUAUCUGGGUUUUAUUCCAGGAAAGAGUGGAUAUUGGAUCGAGAAUGGCGAUUCAGAUGUAGGCGGAGCAGCAUCAGCUUCAGAUGCCCAUCCAAUCCACCAUGGUUUUUGAGGCGCUGGAGGUGAAAUGAUGGGCGGGAGUGGCGGAUCACAGACCAAUUGGGUUUCAUGAAGAAGCAACCAUGACUCAAUUUUGAUGCAGAUCAAGCCAAAGCGAUUCUAUAGAGAGCCCUUGGCUUUCAAUAAGGUGAGAGCAUUUCAUGUGUUUGCUUCAUGUGGGUAUUCUGUCAAAAUUUUUACAGUGCCUGUUCUUUUCUAACAGUGUUAUUUUUCAGAAAACACUGAUAGACUGAUAGUUGCUGCUGUCGACAUUCAUGAACCACUCGGACCACUCCCAGACCACUCAAACCAUACAUGACACCGUGGCACACCACGUGUUCCAAAUUGAUGGGUUUUGAUGGUUUUUGGUGAAGGCUCUAAAGCUGGGCCUUUCUUCAUCCGAGGCUGUCGAAGGGCCCCAAGGUGCAGAGCGUCCUGGUCGACUUUGUGAAGAAACAAUGUGCUGCUAACCAGGUAUGAAGGUCAGUCAGGUGAGAAAUGGUCGAGCGCUUGUUGGAUUUUUCUGAACUUCAAGAUGGCCGGAGGGGUUCUCAGGAACAAGACACAAAUGAGAGCCCUGAGCCCUGACUGGCUAUAAAAUGAUGUUGAAUGUGCGAGCUAGACUCAGAUGCUUUUUGCCGAUUGCUGUUGUUUGUCAUACGGGGUAAACAAUGGUAAACAAGUACACUCACUUUGCGCGAAGUGGACAUCCAGUUCCUGCAACUAAACCUAGACACAGCUUGCAAGCAAAACGCGUUGUGGCUGCGAAGUGUACACAUGCGCUGUGCACUUGCUGCAAUCACUAUUUGCAUACCAUGAAGUUCUUGCUACAAAGGCACAUGGAAGAAGUGUCGC